GGCUUAUCACUUAUUUUUUUCAUGUUUACUUGUGAUAUACAUUGCGGUCCAAGCAGCGUGUCAUCUUAACUUGUUUGAUCAAUUCCUAUAAGUUUGGUUCAAAUUUGAAAACCAAGUCUUUCCAAGUAAAAGUCAAGCCACAAGAAUAUCAGAAGUAAGACCAAGAGCCCCAAAGUCACACAAAGCUACCAAUUUAAAAAUCAACCAACAACAUAAUCGAAACCUUAUAUAUAGGUCAUUAUCGAACUAAAUGUGAUACACAUCAAACAGGAGGUAAAGACAUACAACAACUUCUACUCCCAAACCAAAAAAUAAUAAUUUAUUCUUUACUUUGAACACACAAAAAAAGAGAGAGAGAGAAAUGAUGAUGAAGAGGCAACUGAUAUUUGGAGUGAUUUUGCUCGGACUCUUGGUGAUUUUCUUGGCCACCACACCAGUCGAAGCGGCUAGGCCGUUACGAACCGAUGGUAAGAUCCAGUUCGUGCUCCAGUUGCUGCAAAGAGGUACGGUGCCACCGUCAGGUCCAAACGGUUGUACCAACGACCCAAAUGGCUCGGGAAAGUGCCACGGCUGAGCCGUCACGUUAGUCUGAUUAUUUAAAUUUUAUUUAUUUAUUUUCUUAAGGUUAAUUAAUGCAAUAAACACAACUAUAAUUUUGUGUAUCGGCUCGAACUAUAAACUCUGUAAGAGCUGUCAAAGCUAGCUAUUCUUUUAUUUGUUUAUGAACUUAUAUGUAACUUAAAAGUUCAAAGAAAACAUGUAACUUUUUAUCAUUAUUCUUUUAUUUUAAGCAUUUCUGUUUGAUAUUAUGAUAUAAUUAAUCCAAGAUUAUAUUGGCGGUAAUAUAUGUAGUUCACAAAAUUAUUCUGAAACAAACAAAAUAUGAUACCAGCAAUAAUAAAUAAUCAAGUGAUCGGUCACCCAUGGCACCUACGUCUAUGUGUACAUGGGAAGGUUGGUGCAACAAUUUCGACCCGACCCGCUAACCGGACCCCCUUUCCAGCACCUAGAAUACGAACCGUAUCUCAACGGGGGAGGUUGGGAACGUCCUAAUGGCUUAAACGCGCUUGAUGUCUAAUUAAGGAAACAACAAAAAUGUCAACUAGUAUGUGUCUUCUUUUUUUGAAACACAACUUAUAUUAAUGCCAUAGAAAGAGUUAGGUGCUAGCCAUUAAGACUAUUUGUCUUCAUAUAUUUUUUUUACCUACUCUUUAACUAUUAUUAGUCCAAAGGAAACGUAAACUGAUCACUUCUUUUACGUAUGGGAACGUAAUUUUUGUUGUAGGGCUUUUUAGUUUGCAUGGGGUUUUAUUGUAAUUUUUUUUUGGUUUUAUUAUAAUUCGAUAGUGACACUUCCAAAUAGAGAGAGUAUUUUUGGUUAACAUCUCAAGGCUUCACUUUGGGGUUUUCUCUUCACUAUCUUUGACUUUUGACUGUAUUAGCUACAAAAAGAAUAAUGGUGUUCAACAUUUGAUUCAAGCGUGUGGGGUACGUUGUGUUUAGUGUGAACUAUGUAAAUAUGUAAUGAAAAACAUAAACUAUGUUACAUGUCAAUGGACGCGUUUACCAUAUAUGAAAUGUACUAAAUCUAUUACGUCAAAGUUUCAUUUAUGAAUAUAUACUCAUUUCAUGAAGAGCUAAGCUGGCAAGCAAAUAAUUAUUAUUUUUCUUGUUUGAAAAUAUGCGUAUAAUGAACUAAUUUAGUUAGUUGAUCUUUCAUAUAAAUUCUGCAUGUUAAUGAAAUCUACAAGCUAAAACUGAAUUGAAACACUAAGCCAACUCCAUUGGCUGGUGAACCUAUUGGAAUAAUGAUAUCACCCACCUGACCAUUGGACCAGACCUCUCUACAACGACUAGAAAAACAAUGUGAUACUGGCUCAGAACUUUGCUUUAGGUCUUUAAAAUGUUAAGCACGGCAAACCUCAUGUGUGAUUGUGCGUGUAUAUCGGUAUACGGAAUUGGAAAGUUCAAGGAAGAAACUAGAUGAACGUGUAAGUUACCAAACAAAA